AUGUCCUGGACUCCCGAGAACGACCGUCUUCUGCUGCUCAAACUCAUCGAGACGCAUGGCAUCUCAGUCGAUUCCAACAAAAUUGUGGCAGCAUGGCCGGACGGCGGCACGAAGCCCACGGCUCGCGCGAUCACUGAACGCUUUGUGAAGCUUCGCCAGUACGAUGCUCCCCAGCAGGCCGGCAUCAAGGUAUCCAUUACGCCUGGCGGUGCCUCUGGCCGGCGCAAGGCUCCCGUCUCCAAGUAUGCGACGCCGAAGAAGCGCAAGAACAAGGAUAGCAGCGACGAGUCGGAUGCGGACGAUCAGGCCACCGAGAACGAGAGCCCGACCAAGAAGCAGUCUAUCCAGCGUUUUAGCGGAGGUCGUGGCCGUGGUGGCGCCGUGCGUGGAGGUCGUGGCGGACGUGUGGGCACGCAGAAUGCUAGAUCCCCUGCUGUCCAGAUAAAGUCCGAGUACUCGCUCUCCGAUCUCCCGCCCGACCCUUUGGAUUCAGUUGACACGUUCGCACGCGACGCUGCCGAGGCUGCGGAGCUUCGCCAUACUUCCCAGCAGAACCCCUUCGCGGGCUUCACCUCGGCUGAAAUGAACGGCGGCAUGAACGGCGGCUUCCAGGGAUUUGAUACCUCUAAUGUUCAUCGUGGUCUGGAUGGACUCAGCAUGACUAACGGCUUUGCCAUGGACGAUCCUUUCACCGCGCCCACCCACCCUAGCCACGGCUUCCACAACGACAUGCCAACCUUCGCCAACGCCAUGCAGGCCACCGGCGGUGGUGCAAUCCCCGUCAGCCGUAAUAGGUCCACCCGCACUGCCUCUGUCCAAGCUUCUGAGGGUGUUGCGGCUGUUCUUCGUCGUCAGAAGGACAUGGACAAGGCCGAUGGCGAGAAGUCAAGCGGCGAGGAUACCCAAGCUUCCGAGUACUACGAUCUCGACAAUGACUACAUCUAG